AUGGGCGAACAGUACCUUGAGCUUGAGGUCACUCCCACAGACACCGCAUUCAGCUUGAUGGCCCAAUUUGAAGCCGAUCUGCACCCGAGGAAAGUUUCUCUCAUUGCCGGGACUUACCGGGACGAAAAUGGGCUUCCUUGGAUUCUUCCAAGUGUUAAAGAGGCAAAGGCUCGUCUCAGAGAAUUUGAAAGUCACGAAUACCUAGAUAUCGCUGGGGCUCCAGAGUUCAUCAAGUUAUCCCAGUCCCUGGUCUUUGGGCCAGAAUUGACGACUACACUUGGCGACAAUAUAGCUUCAAUUCAGACUGUAUCGGGCACAGGAGCCAAUCAUAUGGCAGCUGUUUUUCUCGCAAAGCAUUUACCACCAAGACGUGUUUUCAUUCCUUCUCCAACAUGGAUCAACCGCAAGACGAUCUGGGCCUCCACAGAUGUAGCAAUCAUGGAGUAUCCCUACGUCGCACCACAUACAGGAAGUGUGGAUAUAGAGGGGAUGCUCUCGUUCCUGGAAGUAACCUCUGAGCCCAACGACGUCGUAAUUCUUCAGCCCUGUGCACACAACCCUACAGGUGUUGAUCUCAGCAGGUCUCAAUGGUCACAGGUUGCAGAUAUCGUCCACAAGAAUAGGUUGUUUGUCGUAUUUGAUAACGCUUAUCAGGGUUUCGCAUCAGGCAAUGUGGACGAUGAUGCAUGGGCUAUGCGUUACUUCCUGAAGCAGCUUAUGUUAAAAGAUAACCCGCAGUUAACGGGUUUCUGCGUCGCGCAAUCAUUUUCCAAAAAUUUUGGGCUGUAUGGGGAGCGCGUUGGCGCACUACAUCUUGUAGCACCUCCUCGUUUCUCUACCCACGGUGCUCGGUCAGCUCUCAUCAAUCUGGCCCGAGUAGAGUAUUCAAACCCUCCCCGCUUCGGCGCAAAGAUAGUUGAGACGAUAUUGGCAGACGAAAGGCUCAGAAUUCAAUGGCAGCGUGACUUGGUCACUAUGAGCUCGAGAAUCAAGGACAUGAGGGGCAACCUCCGAAACCAGUUGUCAGAAGGGGAUACGCUGGGGAAUUGGUCGCAUAUCAGUAGUCAGAUCGGUAUGUUCAGUUACACGGGAUUGGAUAUCGAAAGGGUCAAUCGCCUCCGGAACGAAUUUCAUAUUUAUCUUUUACCCUCUGGUCGAGCGAGCAUCUGCGGGUUGAAUGGAAACAACAUUGAGUAUGUAGCAAGCGCAAUCCGGCAGGUU